AUGUCUGCCCGCAUCGUACGAUCUUCAAUGGCCUUGAGGCCCUCUAUGCCUGCUAUCCAGCGUGGGUUCCGCACAACAGCUCUGCGCCAGCACAACGAGAAGGAACCUGUCGGUCCCAGGUCCUCGAAUAGACCCAUGAGCAAGGGCGACAAUACGCAAAUGGUCUUGCUGGGCGGCGUCGGUCUUGCGCUUGGUGCGGGUUUCUUCAUCCUCAUGUCCUGGCCAGAGCAGGCGAAAGAUGCGGGCAUCAAAGGUGUCACGUCAAAGCCGGUGAGCCCCAAAUAA